AUGGCUUCCGUCCCGCCCCCGUUGAACGUGCCGCCUGGCUGGACCGCGCUCCAGAUCGGCGGUCACCUGCACACGCUCAGGAUCCUGUUCUGCGUCUACGGCGGCAUCCAGCUGGCGCUGUCCGUUGUCCUGCUGAUGGCCGCACUGGGUGGCUACAUCAGCGAAAGCCGGACCCCCACGGUGGGCAUGUCGCCUGUGCUGCUGGCGGCGAUCCUCGCUGUCGCGGCGCUGGCCAUCGGUGCACUGGGCAUGCUCAGCCUGACCGCUGCGAACCGGCUGGGGCAGCGCUGCCAGCGCACGUUGUGCCUGGUGGCGGCCGGUGCCGCCUGCCUGGGCGGUGCGCUGGGCAUCGCGCUGGGCGUAUACGCCCUGAUCGUGCUGUUGCGUGCGGAUGUCGCCGCCAGCUUCAGCGAACCGGGCGGCGCGGCCAUCCUCGACGCGAUCGGCGACGGCCGCCUGCCGGCCGACGUGGUCGGCGUGUUCUCCGACCGUCCAGGUGCCGCAGCGCUGCAGCGGGUGGCACCGGGCCUGCGCUGGGCACACGCGCCGAAGGAGUUCAGCGACCGCGCCGCCUAUGAGCAGGCGCUCGGCGAUGCCGUGCAGGCAUCGGCGCCGGACUGGAUCGUCUGUGCCGGCUACAUGCGCAUCCUGGGGGCUGCCUUCGUGCAGCGCUUCGAGGGCCGCCUGGUCAACAUCCACCCCUCGCUGCUGCCGCUGCACAAGGGCCUGGACACCCAUGCGCGGGCCUUGGAAGCCGGCGAUGCCGAGCACGGCGCCAGCGUUCACCUGGUGGUACCGGAACUGGAUGCCGGGGCGGUGCUGGCGCAGGUACGGGUGCCGGUGGGGUCCGGCGACGAUGCGCAGGCGCUGGCCGAGCGCGUGCUGGCGGUGGAGCACCCGUUGCUGAUCGCCACCCUGCAGCUGCUGUGCGCCGGCCGCCUGACUGAACGGGAAGGACAGCCCCAGCUGGAUGGUCACCCCCUGUUUAGCCCGUUGGCCCUAGAUUCCGCCGGGAACCUGAACCGGUAA